UCUCUCUCUCUCUCUAUACAGUGUACACGCCUCAUCUGUAGUGUUCGCCACUCCUCUCAUCCUAUAUAAAUUUCCAGUUUCCUUUCCUCCCCCUCCAUAUCCCCUUUCUCUUUACUCGUGCAACGGAAACUCACUUUCCUUCUUCCCUUUUAAAAAAUUCCCUAAAAUGGCAACCCCAAACGCCAAAACCACUGCACCAAAACCCGCCGCCGCCGCGAAACUCAACGACACGGAGGAUCUCAAGGUGGUCUUUGACCAAUUCGACGCAAACGGUGACGGCAAGAUCUCAGCUUCGGAGCUCGGAGAAGUGCUGAAAUCCACGGGGUCUACCUACACCACGGAGGAGCUCUGCCGCGUGAUGGAGGAUGUCGACAGCAAUAAGGACGGACACAUUGAUUUGGCAGAGUUUGCGCAGCUUUGUCGACCGUCCUCCACUGCGUCCGCCGCCUCUGAGCUGAGGGACGCGUUUGAUCUGUAUGAUCAGAACGGUGAUGGGCUGAUCUCAACGGCGGAGCUGCACCAGGUGCUGAGCCGGUUGGGGAUGAAGUGCAAGGUGGACGAGUGCGUGAAGAUGAUUAAGAACGUUGACUCUGAUGGUGAUGGGUGUGUUAAUUUUGAGGAAUUUCAAAAGAUGAUGGCCGCUAAUAUGGGUUCCUAGAUCUUUAUUUUGGAUGGUGACGGUUGACUUGAUCAAUGGACGAUGCUGCUGCCGGUGGGUAUAAAUUUAGUGGGGUAGAUAUACGUAGUUGCUUCUUUCUAUGUGCAACUUAUAUAAUGCUUGUAUGGGCUUUUUAAAAAACCACAUCUUUAUCUAUUCCAAACAGACCCUAAUCUAUUUUAGCAUGGGAUCUUGGGCCAUGUCCCCUACUGGGUAUUAUGUGAUUGGUAUUUUGUCUUUGUUAUCAGUACCCAGGAUUUGAUUUGUUGAUUGUUGUCGAAUGUUUAAGGUAAAGUUUCGGAUAUUUAUAUGAUCA